CUCAAUAAUUUGGAGAUUCAAAUGCAAUACGCAGAACACGCAUUCUGAACUGUAAGUAAAUCACCUUCGAUUAUCAAUGCCUGGGACGUGAAGCAAGUUCAAAUCACAUUGCAUGGAAACAACAACACUGACGAUGACUCGGUUAGUGUUCAGAACAACACCAUCAACCGCACGUCGCAAACGUGCUUAUUCCACAUGGCAGACCAAUACCGCGAACCUUACGAGCAUGUUCGGCAAAUACGUGGACAAAACCAGCGUCUCUAGCUGGAACACCGUCAUCGCUGACCUCGCUCGAAGCGGCGAUUUCAUGGAAGCUCUCAGCGCAUUUUCCUCCAUGCGCAAGCUCUCUCUACAUCCCAACCGCUCCACCUUCCCAUGCGCCAUCAAGGCCUGUGCCGCACUCUCCGAUCUCCGCGCCGGCGUGCAGACCCACCAGCAGGCGUUCGCAUUUGGGUUCGGCCACGACCUCUUCGUCUCCGCCGCGCUCGUCGACAUGUACUCCAAAUGCGGCUUCCCUGACCUCGCGCGCUACCUUUUCGACGAAAUUCCCAGCCGAAACGUCGUUUCGUGGACAUCCAUGAUUGCAGGCUACAUCCGAAACGACCGCGCCCAGGAAGCCGUUUGCCUCUUUAAGGAGUUGUUGGCGGAGGACAGUGGGAGUGCGGAAUCUGAGUAUGAGGCUUUCGUGGAUUCCAUGCUUGUGGGGUGUGUUCUUUCGGCGUGUUCGCGGGUGGGGUGGAGGAGUGCGACUGAAGGGGUUCAUGGGUUGGUGGUCAAGAGGGGGUUUGAGGGGUGUGUGGGUGUUGGGAAUACUUUGAUGGAUGCUUAUGCCAAGUGUGGAGAAAUGGGGGUGGCGAGGAAAGUGUUUGAUGGAAUGCAUGAGAGUGAUGUCUGCUCUUGGAACUCUAUAAUUUCUCAGUAUGCGCAGAAUGGGUUGUCAGCUGAGGCUUUCUGUGUUUUUGCUGACAUGGUGAAGAGUGGCAAGGUUAAAUAUAACGAGGUGACAUUGUCUGCGGUGUUGUUGGCCUGCGCGAAUUCAGGAGCUUUGCAGCUGGGAAAGUGCAUACAUGACCAGGUUAUAAAGAUGGAUAUGGAGGAUAGUGUGGUUGUAGGUACAUCUAUAGUGGAUAUGUACUGCAAAUGUGGGAGAGUUGAGAUGGCUAGGAAGGCAUUUGACCGCAUGAACAUGAAGAAUGUUAAGUCAUGGACUGCUAUGGUUGCUGGUUACGGAAUGCAUGGCCGUGCAAAAGAGGCUAUGGAAGUCUUCUACGAGAUGAUAAGAUCUGGAGACAAGCCGAAUUACAUUACUUUUGUGUCAGUUUUAGCUGCAUGCAGCCAUGCUGGUUUGUUAAAAGAAGGCCGGCAUUGGUUUAAUAGAAUGAAAAGUGAAUUUAGUGAACCUGGUAUUGAGCACUAUUCUUGCAUGGUUGAUCCCUCGGGUGUGGCUAUCUUAUGAGGCUUAUCGUUUGAUCCUGGAAUGAAGGUGAAACCUGAUUUUAUAAUCUGGGGUUCCCUUCUUGGGGCUUGUAGGAUUCAUAAAAAUGUGGAACUUGGGGAGAUCUCUGCUAAAAAACUAUUUCAGUUAGAUCCAAGUAGUUGUGGGUACUAUGUUCUACUCUCUAAUAUUUAUGCUGAUGCUGGAAGGUGGGAUGAAGUUGAGAGGAUGAGGAUAUUGAUGAAGAGUCGUGGGUUGCUUAAAACCCCUGGAUAUAGUAUAGUAGAGCUCAAGGGUAGGGUACAUGUAUUCUUAGUUGGAGACAAAGAACAUCCUCAACAUGAGAAGAUUUAUGAGUACCUAGACAAAUUAAAUGUCAAGCUGCAAGCACUUGGGUAUAUGCCAAAUUUGACCUCAGUUCUUCAUGAUGUUGAUGAGGAAGAGAAAGGAAUGGUUCUAAGAGUUCAUAGUGAGAAACUAGCAGUUUGCUUUGGAAUCAUGAAUUCAGUUCCUGGGUCAGUGAUCCAUAUCAUAAAAAAUCUUAGAAUUUGUGGUGACUGCCACAUUGCAAUUAAAUUUAUUUCCAAAGCAGUAAAUCGAGAAAUUGUUGUCAGAGAUUCUAAGCGGUUUCAUCAUUUUAAGGAUGGUAUGUGUUCAUGUGGAGACAUACUGGUGACAGCAAUUGAAAUAAUGGUGCCAAAAUCUAUGGUGGAGGUUGUGCAUUAUGUUAUCACUCUUACUAGCCGACAUGGAGCUAUGAAAGUGCAUAUCUAUCUUAAAUAAACUGUUUAAUUUGAUUUUGGAGUGAACAGUGGAUCCAUUAGAUCCAGUUAUUAGGAUAAUGGAAAAAAAGGCAAAUGAUCUUUUAGUGACUAAUACUCAGUUUGAAUGUACAAUGUUAUAGUACACAUGAGAUCACCGUAGAACCAACUGCAAAUAACAUAUGUGACUGUUUUUUACUACAUGCCUCAAGACAUGUAAGUCGCACCUAUAGUAUGUCGGUAAGCGUGCUCACUUAGUUACUAAAGGAAAAAGUAUAUCAUAACAACGUUCUGCAAAAAAAAAUUCUGAGUGUCGAUUGCUUGCAUAGAAUACUAGAUUUUGAAGAGCUUGCCUGUAGAUCUUCCUCCUGCUCUUGAAGUCUGUGGUUGAUCACAUUCUGAAUCAGCAUUGGAGUGGGUUAAAGAAAUCUGCAGGGCCCUGUUCUCAGUCUUCAAAGUUUCCACCUUUAGUCUAAGCCUUCUGAUGGUUUCUCUCUUUUCAUCAUUUCUUUGGACCAGCAGUAGCAACUGGUGCAGAUUGUCCUGUAUAAGUUUUGUUUGAUACUUUAGUGUCGACCACAAAUUGUCACAUUUGAAACUGAUCAUUGGAGGAUCUUCAGUUCUCUGAUGUAAUUCCGAAUCGUCAAUCUUCUCUUCAGUGGUUGAAAAUUUUGUCAUUCUGUCCUCCAUUUGAAUAUUUCUGCGUUCUGGUUUUAAUUUCGUGCUGCAUGUGCCUGCUGAUAACAGUUCAUGGCAUUCAUCUCCUUGCUCGUUUGAAAGAUCAAAACCAAGGAUACUACGGUCAAUUUUGAUAUUGGAG